ACCCGGACUGCUUGUUAGCACAAACAGAUCGAUCGAUUACAGCAAUGGCGGCCAAGGUGUUCCUCCUCCUCCGACUCAGCAUGGUCGCCGUCGUCCUGGCUGCCAUCGCCACAGUAGCGCUCGCGGAGGAAGCCGAUCCGCGGGCACUGCCGGCACAGUGGACCACCGCGAAGAAGUACAAGGCCACGAUGGACGCCAAGACGCGGCAGGCUUUCGACGGCGUGGUGGCCGCCGCUACGGCAGAGAAGCGGUCCCAGGCGGUGGAGGCCGUGCUGCAGCAGCAGCUGAACAUGGACGUGUCCCUGUCCAAGGCGACGUCUUCCGGGGACGAGAACAACUACGUGAGCGUGGCCGCCGCCUACGAGAAGGCCGCGGGCGCCGUCAUCGCGGCGACGCCGGACAACAAGCUCCGCGCUAUGGCGUUCGCGUUCGACGGCGCGGUGGCGCCGGACCCGGGCCGGUGCCCCGCCGUCGACAAGCCCUUCUGCGAGACCUACGCCAAGACGGAGAAGGCCUUCAGCGGAACCAUCGCCUCCGGGGACACGCCCAAGAGCAAGCUGGGGAUCACGGACGCCGUGCUCAAGCUGAGGCUCGCCACCGACGCCAACAUCAACAAGGCCUACGCGGAGGGGGACAAGGACAAGAUCGCAAAAAUCCUUGCUGCAUACGGCCAGGCGGCCGACGCGGUCGCUGCGGCCCCGCCUCCCGAGAAGCUCAAAGUCAUGGAGAAGACCUUCUCGGCGGUCGCCGCCGCCGCUCAUCAGGAGGCGGCGGCGGCUGCUGCUGCUGCUGCAGUGAUUAAGGUUUAAGGGAGAGCUCCUGCAUGAAAUUAACCACACGUCCACACGUAUACACUACGGAACAAGUGUUUCCAUCAGACGACCAUCAGUGAAAAAAAACCAUCCUUCUCUGUGUGUGUGCCGUGUUUUUGUCAUUUCUUCUUUCCAUUGCUAGAGAAACGGGUUAUCUUUUUUUUCCCACAUUUAUAAGCGGCAAUACAUGCGUGCACCUGUAGUAGUGUGACCAUAUGUACUGUGCUCUCGGUUUGUAUAUCGAUAGUAGCAUAUAAAGCUACUACUCCCGAUUUGUAACUAUAGAUCUCGGUAUUAAAGCCAUUUUAUUUUUAUUUUUAAAAA